AUCGAAUUCACUUUCCCUUUCUAGUCCCUUGCUUCAAGAAACCCAAAGCAGAACACUCUCUGCUUUCAAUUUUUCCCACAAUGGGAGGUCUGAUCGAGUUUAAUGACGACGUGUUGGGAGCUGGGCAGAACAGAGCUCGUCUGAGUCUGUUCGAUCGGCUCCUCUGCUCGUCUCAUCCAUCUAGAAUUCGCAUCCAACAUACUACCAACAAUCUGUGGACAAAAAGGGCACCAGUCACCGUACUUGAUGCAGGUCAUGGACUAUUCCAACUCGUUUCCUUAAAUGCCACUGAUUGCCAAGAAGCACUGGGGAAAGCUCCAUGGUUCCUCCAUUCAAGCUCCAUGGUGCCAAGAAGCACAUUUUCGACUCAUACUCAAUUGCAGCUUAGGUUUCUCCCCCAUAAUUGUGAUUGUCUGCACAGCCGAAAAUGCUACCGCCGGAGCUCCAGCCCCGAUUCUUCCGCCCCUACAUAUCCUCCUCCCUCAGUGCCCCAUCUUUCUCCUCCUUCAACGACGAUGGCCGUCCUUACUCCCCCGAACAAUCCGCCGCCGCGACCGCCGCCCCUAACUCUCACUUCCCUGCCGGCGCCCGCUCCACCUCCGCCUCAAGAUCCCGAUUCUCCCCUUCAUCCUUCUCUCAUAACGCCAGAAUCGCCGUUGCUCUCGUCCCCUGCGCCGCCUUCCUCCUUGAUCUCGGCGGCUCCCCCGUCGUGGCUACCCUCACUCUAGGCCUCAUGCUCUCCUACAUCCUCGACUCCCUCGACCUCAAGUCCGCUGCCUUCUUCGGAGUAUGGCUCUCACUGAUCGCCUCUCAGGUCGCUUUCUUCUUCACCUCGUCCUCCCUCGUCUCCGCUCUCAGCUCCGUCCCCCUCGGCCUCCUCGCCUCCUUCCUCUGCUCCCAGGCCAAUUUCCUCAUCGGCGUCUGGGCCUCGCUCCAGUUCAAGUGGAUCCAGCUCGAGAACCCUAGCAUCGUCCUCGCGCUCGAGCGGCUCCUGUUUGCCUGCCUGCCUUUCAUUGCUUCCUCCAUCUUCGCUUGGGCCACCAUCUCCGCCGUCGGUAUGAACAACGCCUCGUACUAUCUCAUGGUCUUCAACUGCGUAUUCUACUGGCUCUUCGCCAUCCCUCGCGUUUCUUCCUUCAAGGCCAAGCAGGAGGUGAAGUAUCACGGUGGCGAGGUUCCCGAUGACACCUUCAUUCUCAGCCCUGUCGAGAGUUGCUUCCUUACACUCUACUUGCUGUUCUUCCCGCUCAUGUUUCAUGUGGCCUCUCAUUACUCGGUCAUGUUUUCAUCCGCUGCUUCCGUCUGUGAUUUGAUCCUGCUCUUCUUCAUUCCCUUCCUGCUUCAACUCUACGCCUCCACCAGGGGAGCACUUCGGUGGGUUACCAAGAACCCGCAACAGCUUCACAGCAUUCGCAUUGUCAAUGGCGCUCCUGGUCAUCGUUGCAUUGGAAGUCAGAGUCGUUUUCCAUUCCUUUGGCCGCUACGUUCAGGUCCCGCCUCCUUUGAAUUAUCUUCUUGUCACCACAACAAUGCUUGGAGGAGCAGCUGGUGCUGGUGCAUAUGCAUUGGGAAUGGUUUCCGAUGCUUUCAGCUCGUUGUUUUUCACCUCUGUGGCCGUAAUUGUUAGUGCUGCUGGGGCAAUUGUUGUCGGGUUCCCGAUACUGUUCCUUCCUUUGCCAUCAGUUACAGGAUUUUAUCUAGCUCGGUUCUUCACAAAGAAGAGCCUGCCAUCAUACUUCUCCUUUGUUGUUCUUGGGAGCUUGAUGGUUGCAUGGUUUGUGAUGCAUAACUUCUGGGACCUGAACAUAUGGUUGGCUGGCAUGGCCUUAAAAUCUUUUUGUAAACUGAUCGUCGCUAAUGUUAUGCUUGCCAUGGCUAUUCCUGGGUUAGCCCUUCUCCCUCAAAAACUUCAUUUUCUAGCCGAGGCUGGUUUAACCUGCCAUGCAUUGCUGCUGUGCUACAUCGAGAACAGAUUUUUCAAUUACUCGGGCAUAUACUACUAUGGAUUGGAGGAUGAUUUGAUGUACCCAAGCUACAUGGUUAUUAUCACGACACUUGCGGGAUUGGCUUUAGUAAGGAGGUUAUCUGUUGACCAACGAAUUGGGGCAAAGGCCGUCUGGAUUUUGACUUGCCUGUAUUCUUCAAAGUUAGCCAUGCUGUUCAUAUCAUCAAAGUCAGUUGUAUGGGUUUCAGCCAUACUUCUACUUGCUGUUUCUCCUCCCAUGCUCCUUUACAAGGAUAAGACCCGAAUGUCCUCCAAGAUGAGACCAUGGCAAGGUUAUGCACAUGCCAGUGUGGUUGCUCUAUCAGUCUGGUUUUGCCGUGAAACAAUUUUUGAAGCCCUCCAAUGGUGGCAUGGGAAGUCUCCAUCAGAUGGUUUGGUUUUAGGCUUCUGCAUUGUCUUGACAGGGUUGGCUUGUCUCCCAAUUGUUGCUCUGCACUUCUCUCAUGUCCUGUCUGCCAAGAGAUGCAUAGUGCUUGUGGUGGCAACUGGUGUAUUAUUUAUCUUAAUGCAGCCUCCAAUUCCAAUGGCAUGGACUUACCGAUCCGAAAUGAUAAAAGCAGCUCGUCAAUCUUCUGAUGAUAUCUCUAUCUAUGGCUUCAUUGCAUCGAAACCUACCUGGCCUUCAUGGCUACUUAUCUUUGCAAUCUUGCUUACAUUGGCGUCCGUGACAUCUUUCAUACCUAUCAAGUACAUUGUAGAGUUGAGAGCAUUCUAUUCCAUAGCAAUGGGCAUUGCUCUAGGUGUAUACAUAUCAGCCGAGUACUUUCUUCAAGCUGCAGUUCUACAUGUGUUUGUUGUUGUCGCAAUGGUUUGCACCUCUGUCUUUGUGGUUUUCACUCACAUCCCAUCUGCUUCAAGCACAAAGCUACUACCCUGGGUGUUUGCUUCGCUUGUAGCUCUCUUCCCUGUAACUUACCUGUUGGAGGGUCAGGUAAGGAUUAACAGCAUUCUUGGAGAUAGUGUAGAUUUGGGAGAGGAAGACAGGAGGUUCUCCACUUUACUGGCUGUUGAAGGGGCCAGGACUUCUUUGCUUGGCUUGUAUGCAGCAAUCUUCAUGCUAAUAGCCUUGGAGAUCAAAUUUGAACUCGCCUCACUUAUGCGGGAGAAAUCAGUCGAAAGUGGUGGCAUUCGACAUAGUCAAUCUAGUCAAAGCAGUUCUGGUUUUGCCCCAAGAAUGAGGUUCAUGCAGCAGCGCCGGGUGUCUACUGUGCCAACCUUCACCAUCAAAAGAAUGGCCGCUGAGGGUGCAUGGAUGCCAGCAGUAGGCAAUGUUGCUACUGUUAUGUGCUUUGCCACAUGCCUGAUCUUGAAUGUCAAUCUGACAGGGGGAUCAAACCAAGCUAUAUUCUUCUUAGCUCCCAUUUUGCUGCUUCUCAAUCAGGACUCGGAUUUUGUUGCUGGAUUUGGAGACAAGCAAAGGUAUUUCCCUGUUACGGUGGCUAUAUCCGUUUACCUGGUGUUGACCACCCUAUUCAGCAUCUGGGAGGACGUAUGGCAUGGGAAUGGCGGAUGGAGCAUCGAAAUCGGUGGUCCGGAUUGGUUCUUUGCCGUAAAAAACUUGGCACUUCUCAUACUUACAUUCCCUAGUCAUAUCCUCUUUAAUCGUUUUGUGUGGAGUUACACAAAACAGGCUGACACCACGCCUCUAAUCACCCUGCCUCUCAAUCUGCCGUCCAUAAUAAUAGCAGACGUGAUGAAGAUCAAGAUUUUGGGGGUUCUGGGGAUUAUUUAUACAAUAGCACAGUCUUUAGUCUCGAGACAGCAACAUAUCUCAGGAUUGAAGUAUAUCUAGACAGAAGCAUACAAGGUACUGUAAGAUAUCUCGACGAGAUUUUUUCAACUGUGAUGAGCCGAGGUAUUUGAACUGUUAGAUCCAGAUUCCUUUUCGUGUAUGUGGUAGAGAGCAUCUGACUACAUCUCGAGAAACUUAGCUUUAGCAAGUUAGUUAGUGUUGUUAGAAAUUUUGGAGUAUCGUUAUACAGAGAGCCGCCCAAGAAGUUGGGGCUAUCAGAACUGGGCGAGGCAGGCAGCAGUGAAGGCUUGAGGUUUUUGUUUCUGGGGCUCGAAUCGGGAGGUUAUGUUAAUGAAGCGGGACAUUGUUCCAUUUUGAUGUCUAGAGAUGGUCCCUUUUCAUCACCUUUGGACUCUUUCUCAGGUUAUGGUGUUGGCAAUGUUUUACAUGAUAUUGCUGUAUAGCGGCGGGCCUGACUUCAGUAGGAUUGAUGCUGUUGUACUUUGGAAGAUGUCUCAAUCUCCCAUUUGAUUGAUUGGUAUAGCCUAACAUGGGAUGGGAUGAAUUCAACAAGUUCGACUCUUUUCUGCAAAAUCAUUAUUUUCUCACAUUUCCAGGUCCCUACUUAUAAAGGCAAGUAUUGUUCAAACUUGAAGUGGCCCUACAAUUACAUCAAUUAGUUGUCGCUAUAAAAGAGAAUUCACUGGAGAAUGUAGUACCUCAGGGCUCAGAAUGUAAUCCUUGUUUGGAGCUUCAAAUAGCGGCAGCCAGAAGCGUCCUGAUCAAUUCGAAAAUGCAACAGGGCACAUCUGAAACUUCCACCCUUAAGUAUCGUCGCUUCUGCAAUGGUGAAUCUCAUCUACUUGCGAACUUAAUCUACAACUUCUCCAACUAGGUUUGCAGAAAAUGGUGAAGCGUACGUUCGAUUGAUAUCGAUGUAAAUUAUGUCCCAGAAAAAAGACAAUGCACAACAUAAUCAUAGCUCAGCGUGUUCGCUCGCCAAUAACAUGCAACUUGGGAACAGACCC